AUGUAUACUACAAAAAAGAAUUUCGAUCAUGAAGACACAGUAACUUCACAGCACAUUGAAGAUAAUCCGAAGAAAAACAACAUUGCCCAGAAUUUAACUGAAAUCAAAACAUUAAGCUUGAAAAAAUUGUUUCGGUAUGCCACCUCGAUCGAUAUUGUAUUCAUGAUGAUCGGUACAGUCGCUGCUUUGGUACACGGUAGCGGAUUACCACUUCUUAUUUUAAUAUUCGGUCAUGUUCUCGAUUCUUUUACUGACCAAGCGAAAACUAUAUGUUCAAUCAAUGUCACUAGUCUUUCUCAACAAUAUUGUCCAGAUUCUAUGGAAUUUACUUCAAUAAAUAUCGGCACGCUUAUCUCACAAUGCAAUAUAACUUAUGCUAAUUUUACUCUCAGUACAUCUAUGUUAACGGAUACAAUCCAAAAACAAGUACUAUAUUUAGUAGCUGUCGGUUGUAUCAUAAUUGUAGUUGCUUAUGUUCAAGUAUCCUUUUGGAUUAUGUCUGCAGAAAAUCAGAGUCGAGCCAUUCGACAGACUCUUUUCCAGAAUAUUCUUCAUAAAGAUAUGUCUUUUUUUGAUACGCAUAAAAUUGGUGAACUUGACGCUCAUCUGUCACAAUCAGUAUCAAAAAUUCAAGACGGUAUUGGCCACAAAAUUGGCACACUAAUACAGUUUCUUGCUUCGUUGAUCACUGGUUUUAUAAUCGGUAUCUUCAAUGAUAUGAUUAGGAAUGAAUUAUAUUAUUAUAGAAUUUUAGGAUUCUCCACUGGAUGGAAGUUGUCUUUCGUUAUUCUUUCAACCGUUUCCUUUAUUUUUCUUCCAGCUGCUUUCUUCUCAUGGCUAGCUACUCGUUUGACGAUGGUAGAGUUGCAAGCAAGUGGAAAGGCAGCAGCAGUGGUCGAAGAAGUAUUAAGCUCGAUCCGCACAGUUUUUGCCUUCAACGGACAAGAUUAUGAGAUAAAACGGUAUGGAAAACAUUUGGAAGCAGUGAAGAAAAGUAGCAUUAAAAAAACAAUGACCACCAGUGCGACGAUGAGUUUUGUAUGGCUGAUUAUCUAUUGUACCUAUGCAUUAGGUUUCUGGUACGGUGCUAAACUAGUUCGAGACGGUGAAUAUACUAGUGGUCAAGUGUUUACCACCUUUUUCGCAAUUAUAAUCGGUAUCUUUCAGUUGGGUCAAGCUGCACCUCACAUCCAAGCUCUGGUACAAGCACGAGCGACUGCUUUCAUAGUCUGGCAGCUAAUUGAUGCGCCAUGUACAAUUAUCUCGAAUAAAAAGAUAGGUUUGACUAAAAAGUGUUUAAUGGGCGAUAUUCAAUUUUCUGAAGUGUGCUUUCGUUAUCCAUCUCGACCAGAUACAUUAGUUCUUAAUAGAGUCUCGUUUGAUAUCAAACCAGGCCAAACGAUUGCACUUGUUGGCUCUUCUGGUAGUGGAAAAUCAACAUGCGUUCAUUUACUCACGCGAUUCUAUGAUCCUCAUGCGGGAUCGAUAAAGAUUGAUGGCAUAUCAAUAAAGGAUUACGAUUUGGAAUGGUUACGACAACAGAUCGGUGUAGUUAAUCAAGAACCAAUAUUAUUUCAUGGUACUAUUCGUGAUAAUAUCUUGCUUGGUAAGCAAACAGCCACUGAUCAAGAGUUAGAAGAAGCAGCAAAAAUGGCAAAUGCUCAUGAUUUUAUCAUGAAUCUUCCGCAGAAAUAUGAAACUCAAGUAGAUGCAAGAGGUGCAACACUUUCUGGUGGUCAAAAGCAACGAAUUGCUAUCGCCAGAGCAUUGAUAGGAAAUCCACAAAUCUUACUUUUAGAUGAAGCUACAAGUGCGUUAGAUAAUGAAAGUGAAAAGGUUGUGCAAGAAGCUCUUCGCCGUGCUGCUGAAAAUCGUACCAUGCUCAUCAUUGCUCAUCGUCUCUCUACCAUUAGGGAUGCAGAUAAAAUUGUAGUGAUGCAUCAAGGUGCAAUUGUUGAAGAAGGUACACAUGCAUCUUUGACUCGUUUGCAAGGCAUUUACUAUAAUCUAAUUAAACAAAAUAAAUUGUCUGAAACGAGAGAUAUUUUGGAGCAUCAUGUGUACAUGAACGAUGAGAGUAAAGAAAAGCGCACUUCUGAUAUGAUUCCUUCGAAAAUAAUGGUUGAAGAAGAAGUGAUGAAUCGAACAACGGUUAGAGAAAAUACUAUUUGGACAAUACUCAAAAUAAACAAGCCUGAAUGGUUACUUCUCUUAUUUGGAUCUUUGAUAGCUUUUAUCAAUGGAGCUAAUCAACCUAUUGGAGGUAUUCUACUGAGCAAAAUGUUUUCGAUCUUUCAAGAAUGCAGCAAUACAGUACAAGAGCAACGAGUUCUCACAAUCAUUCUGUUAUUGCUUGGAUUGGGAGUUUUCACUCUUAUUGUUAUGUCUCUACAAAAUUAUUUAUUUAUUCGAUCGGGUGAAGCAUUGGUUGAACGAUUGCGUCUAAAAUUAUUUGAUGCUCUUCUUCAUCAGGAAAUUGCUUACUUUGAUGAACCAGAGAACAAUACAGGCGCACUAUGUAACCAUCUUGCCAAUGAUACAUCCGCUGCACAAGGUGUCAUCGGUAUUUAUCUUAGUGUUAUGUGCCAAAAUGCAGGCGCGCUUGGUGUUGGACUUCUACUUGGUUUUGUCUUUUCGUGGCAGUUGACUUUACUUGUCAUAGGAUUCUUACCAUUGAACAUUCUUGGAGGCCUUCUUCAAAGUCGUCUUAUGACCGGUUUCGAGCGAACAAAUAACGAAGCCUUGGUCGAAUCAUGGAAGAUCUCAUUGGAAACUAUUCAGAAUAUUCGAACUGUAGUACAACUAACUAAAGAAAAAUAUUUCUAUGAACAAUAUCAACAAUGUCUCGAUACUUCGUAUCGAUCAUCCAUAAAACGAGCACAUAUCUUUGGUUUAUUUUAUGCUUUGAGUACUUCUACCUUCUUUUUUACUUUGGCAGCUCUCUUUGCUCUUGGCGCUUUCUUAGUUGAAAAAGAUCAAAUCACAUUGGAAGAUGUUCUUUUAGUUUUUAAUUGCAUUGUCUUUGGUGCACAAAGUAUUGGUCAAAAUGUAUCGAUGGUUCUUAAUUUUGGACCAGCAAAGAGAGCAGCUAAGAAUAUUUUAGAUGUACUUACUCGACAACCUAUUAUCGACAAUCGAUCUUCUCAUGGAGAACAUCUUACGAAUUUUCAAGGACAGAUUGAGUUCAAUCAUUUAUAUUUUACUUAUGCUAGUCGAUCUGAAGCGGUUAUUCUACAAAAUUUCAACCUUAAUAUCGAACCAGGCCAAAAAGUGGCACUCGUUGGCACAUCGGGCUCAGGGAAGUCAACGAUUAUUCAGUUACUCGAACGUUUCUAUGACGCAACUGCCGGCAGUCUCUUAAUUGAUGGAACAGAUAUUCGCAAACUCGAUCUUCAAUGGUACCGAUCACAAAUUAGUUUAGUUUCUCAAGAACCUGUUCUCUUCGAUAUGUCUAUUCGAGAGAAUAUCGCUUAUGGUGAUACGAGUCGAGAAAAUAUUUCUCUUGAAGAAAUUAUUCAAGUUGCACAAAAGACAAACAUUCAUGAAUUCAUACAACAAUUACCAGAGGGUUAUGAGACACAAUGUGGUGCUAAAGGAAUCCAACUAUCAGGUGGUCAAAAGCAACGUAUCGCUAUUGCUCGAGCAUUGAUUCGAAAUCCGAAGAUCUUGCUGCUAGAUGAAGCUACCAGUGCUUUGGAUACUCAGAAUGAACAAAUCGUACAGGACGUAUUAGAACGUGCGCAAGAAAACCGUACUUCAAUUUGUAUCGCUCAUCGGAUGUCUACAAUUCAAAAUGCUAAUCUGAUUUGUGUUAUACACAACGGUAUUGUCGUGGAAAAAGGUACACAUCGAGAAUUAUUGGCACUUCAAGGUCAUUAUCAUCGUUUAGUUGAGAAGAAACUCAAUUAA